AUCGACCAAUCAGACCCGCGCAUGCGCAUUACCGUUUUGUUCGCCGGUCUGGUCAGGAAAAGAUUUUUGACCAGUGGAGUCCAUUGAAACGCAUUUGGUAACGAAUUUCGCUGCAAUAUGCAGUACAACAACGUUUUCCACAACAAUUCAGUGUCACGGCCUGACCGAAGUGAACAAUUCGGUAAACAAUCAAACUAUUGGUACGGCCCUCCGCAGCACACCAUGGCCCCCGUUCAAGAUUUCGGCGGCCCGAAACAAUACAAAAAGAAGCCCCAAGAGGACCAACAACUCGUAAGUUUGAACCUCUGGAACGGCAUCGAGCUUAAACCAUUUCGCAAGAACUUUUACAUUCCUCACAACAACGUGAAAAACCGCGCCGCUCAAGAUGUGGACAGCUUCCGCGAAGUGAAAGACAUCAUCGUGCGGGGCAACGACGUCCCCAGUCCCAAUCUCUGCUUCGACGAGGGCAACUUCCCAGAGUACAUCAUGCAGGUGAUCCUGAAACAGGGCUUCGCGGAGCCUACCGCUAUUCAGUCGCAGGGCUGGCCUGUGGUGUUGUCUGGCCGGGACCUCGUGGGCAUCGCCCAGACCGGAUCGGGGAAAACCCUAGCAUACAUGUUACCAGCCGUGGUGCACAUCAACAACCAGCAGAGGCCUCAGAGGGGCGAAGGCCCCGUCGCGCUGAUUCUAGCGCCGACGAGAGAGUUGGCUCAACAAAUACAGAAAGUGGCCCAUGAGUUCGGGUCCACGACGAUGGUGCGGAAUACCUGCAUUUUCGGGGGGUCGCCGAAGGGGCCCCAAGCCCGCGAUUUGGAACGCGGAGUCGAGAUUGUUAUUGCCACUCCAGGACGUUUGAUCGACUUCUUGGAGAAGGGGACGACGAAUCUGCAAAGGUGCACGUAUUUGGUGCUCGAUGAGGCCGAUAGGAUGCUUGAUAUGGGCUUUGAACCCCAAAUUAGGAAGAUUAUACAGCAAGUGAGGCCCGAUAGACAGGUCCUGAUGUGGUCGGCGACGUGGCCGAAACAGGUACAAGCUCUCGCCGAGGAGUUUCUGGUCGAUUAUAUUCAGGUGAAUAUUGGAGGUCUCUCUUUGGCCGCUAACCACAACAUCAAGCAAAUCGUCGAAGUGUGCGAAGAGUCUGAAAAAGAAGACAAACUCUGCAAACUCCUGAAAGAAAUCGGUUCCGAUUCCUGUAACAAGAUCAUAGUUUUCGUAGAAACGAAAAAGAAAGUCGAUGAUAUUACCAAAUGUAUUCGUCGCGAGGGCUACGCCGCCAUCUCCAUCCACGGCGACAAAUCCCAACCAGAGCGCGACUACGUCCUUUCCGAGUUUCGCAAUGGCAAAUCAUCGAUUUUGGUUGCUACUGAUGUGGCUGCUCGUGGUCUCGACGUCGAAGACGUCAAAUACGUCAUCAAUUUUGAUUAUCCGAACUCGAGCGAGGAUUACGUCCACCGGAUUGGUCGCACGGGCCGCUGUCAACAAGCCGGCACAGCUUACGCCUUCUUCACGUCGAAUAAUCAACGCCAGGCGAAGGACUUGAUCGCUGUGCUCGAAGAAGCCGGCCAGAACGUCUCAGCUGAGUUGAGAGACAUGGCACAAAACGCGAGGAGUUCACAAAACGGGAGGAACAGAUGGCAUAACCGCAGCAAAGAUAACUCCUCACCAAAUUCGAAUAAUUCGAAUCGAGGAGGGAAGACCUGGAAUAAGAAUUUUGGGGAGUACAGACAGAAUGGAGGACCGAGAGUUAAUGGAAACGGGCCAAGGAACGACAUGCAGAGAAACAAUAGGAGUUUUUCGAAUGGGUUUGGGUACCAAAAUGCGCAAUUCCAGAAUGGACAAGGGUACCAAACGUCGUACAGUCCGCCCAUGUACCAACAGCCCCAACAAAAUGGCGGACCCAGGCAUUAUGGUAACAAUCGCGGUUACAACCAGCGUUUCAACCAGCGCCAGGCUUACGGGGGCCUCCCGCAGACCAACAGCCCCAACAUGUACACCGUCCCACCGCCGGCUUAUAUGAUGCCACCAGGCCCCCCUUCCGACGGCAUUCAAUCGAUAAUGAACCACAAGUUCUUCCAGAGCAAUCGCAUACCCAACACUACCAAUCCUUGUGCUUAUCAAUCGAUGGGUCAAGGUCAAAGUCCCUACAACCAGUUCCAAGGUCCGCUCCCUUACACCACCUACUCUUAUACUCAACAGCCCGCAACCGCCACCGUACAGCAAUAAAUCUGCCGUCAGAUGGUACCAUCCCCGUUUUUUAGUCGAUGUACGUAACCCUGUUGUAAAUUGAUGUUUUUUUUUUUUUAAUUGGAGGGGAUGAUGACGGUUCGCACCGCUUUGGCUUAAUGUUUUGGGCUCUCCGACUACUCGAGGUGUUUGUUUUGGUCGGUCUUUGUCUUUAUAUAUUUAGUGUGUAAUCUGUGUGUUCUCGGUGACGAGAAUUAGGUAGUAUAGAAGUAACUAUCUGUAUGCUGUUGAAAUGCACGAAACAUAUAGAAGGGGAGUUCGGGCUCGUUUCGUUCUAGUAUUUUAUAUCAAAUGAAAACUAAAAUCGAUGCUGUUUAGGUGAGUCCAGUCAAACAACGGGUAAAAAGAGGAUUUGUUGAUUUUAGAGAAUCGUUGAUUUGUUAGUAUGGAUGUUUUGACUGUACUGGAAAUAAUUAGACAGCAGAAAGAGUGAGAGUUUUAGCCGUACGUGUCGUGUGCAAGUGACUCGUACCUUUCGUUUUUUAUUUAUUGCGAUUCUUGACAUGACUGCUUGUGUCGUGUAAAUAUGUGUAGUAUUAAGUAUUUAACUCGUUCGUCGUUUAGCGUGGUGCUGAUUAGCGCGUACGUCCAUCUGUGAUAUUAACGAUUUAAAAGGUAGCAAAAGAAUAAUAACAUUAACUUUCCGUGACUGGGAGAAACGCCAAGCGUUAUUAUAUUAAGCUAUGUACAAUAACGUUGAUAGAUAGGAAUGUGAUAUUUUCUAUAUAAAAAAGACUGAAAUAUCUCUAGAUAAUAUUUUGUUUUAAAGCAAGGUCGCUAGCGGCCCGUUUUGAACCUCAAAGAUUUUUACUGUUAUACUUUUUUAAAUGAGUUUUUUUUAAUGGAAAGUGAGAGCGUAUCUCGGUACUCGGACUGAGUGCGUAAAGCACAAAGUUAUUUCAUUAUUCUAUGACGUUAUCAUUCGCGCCAAUGCAUCAUAACGAUUAACGAUUUUAUAUAAUAUUUAAUAUUUUUUCCUGUUUUUUUUUAUUUCUUCUCAAUAUUUGUACCUUGUAAUUAUAAGUCUCGAAUCUGAACUUGUGAUUCGUUGAAAGCGCGAUUUCGGUCAUGUUUUAUUUACAUGUGGGUUUAUUCUUCUCAAAUUAGGUUGCAUGACCCUCGCAUUAAAACUCUCUAAAGGAAAAAAUACAGUUAUUGUUAAAAAAAAGUCAUUAUUUAUAUACUCUUCUGUAAGUUUCCAGCAAGUGCAUUUCUUGUAUGUAAUACAGUAUUAAUAUAGUUGUAAUUUAAAUAUAUAUUUCAUUUUCUAAUGUUUUUCUUGGCAAAUUUCAAUUUUUAACCUGGAUGUAUGUAUAUGCAUUAAAAACAAAACGAAAUAUUUAUAUUUUGCGAACAAAUCUAAAUUAGGAAUUGAAAUUUUCAAUGAAAAAGAUGGAAUUUUCUCAUAGGUCCUGUAACCGGAAAUUGUAACACCAAGUUUCGACUUUCGACAAAACGUAAUUGAACGAAAAAUUUCUAUUUGACACUUUCAAAGUGUACCACUUGAAUAUGUAACUUGUUUUUGAAAGAAAAAUUGAGGAAGUGUUCCAUCUCGUUUGUUUAAAAUGUCAAAAAACCGAAUUUAAUUGUUUAUUCAAAUAUUUCAAAUAAAAAUGUACCAUUACAAAAA